AUGGGAUGUAUUGCUUGAUUUCGACGGAUGCAUCAUUGUAUGAUCGGAUGAGCAAGACUUCUAAUUUCCAAAGUACUAUUGUUUUAAAAGGCAGAAAGAUUUUUAAUAUAAAGAGAAACUGAAAGACACAUCUAUCUGAUAAUUCUUCCAGUUCAGGAGAGGUGUUGACAUAAGAGCAACCCAGUUAGAAGAGGCUGGCAGAGAGGAAAAUAAAAAAGCUAGUGGAGAGGACAGAAGAAAGGCUGGUGGAGAAAAUAGAAAAGAGGCUUUUGGAGAGGAUAGAAGAGAACCUGGUGGAGAGGAUAGAAAAUAAGCUGGUAGAGAGAAUAGUAGAGAGGAGAGGAUUGUAGAGAGGCAAGUGAAGAGGAUAGUAGACAGGCUGGUGAAGACCAUUCAAAUGGUGUCCAUUCUUGUUGAGUACUUGUCAAUGAUUCUUUCCUGGAAGCAUGAAUGAUUUCUGUCCAAAAGGUGACUAUCCAUGUGGCUUUUGCCAUGAUAAUUGUGAUGGCUAUAAAUGUGUUGGUUGUGACAAAUGUGAAGAUUGGUUUCACCAAAAUUGUGAGGGAUUGUCCAAUGCUGCUUUCAAUUACUUAAAGAACUGCACACUGCCCUACAUUUGUUCUAGGUGUUGUGAGAACAUUUCGGGGUUUUUUGAUUAUGAUAAGUCUCUGGGCAGAUUAGAAUUUGCUAUUCAAUCUGGGUGUUUUGAGAUGGGGGCUAGGAUGGAGACAAUAUUUAUGCGUAGAGAACCUAAACGGUUGCUACCAAAACAAGCUUUUAGAUUUGAACAUUCAAUGAGUAUAGAUCAUCUGGCCUCUGAUUUGGUAGGAAAAUCAGAUUUUGUGCCUGUUUUAGUCAGGGGAAACGGGAAUUGUUUGUUUAAUGCUUUGUCAAUUGCUAUUCAGGGCAAUGAAAAACUUGCAUCAGAGAUAAGGGUCAGGACUUGUCUUGAGAUGUUUUAUCAUAAAGACUUCUACAUAAACAGUCACAAGCGGGAUAGAAUGGCAUUGGUAUCUCCUCCAUAUGAGGAAGCAGUUGGGAACUGUGCACAAAAUUUCAAGUUUUCAAGUGCAUGGACAAUUCAUGCUGCUGCUACUGUAAUAUCGAGGUGCAUCAAGUCUUUAUACCCACCAGUUCACGGUCUCCUUGACCCAUCAGUUUCAAUUUUAAACUGUGAAUUCCGACCACGUGCUCUACAGAGCAAGCACACCAUAAAUAUUUUAUGGUGCAGCAUGAUACAAGACAAGAGUGGUAACUGUUUGACCAAUCAUUUUGUUCCCCUAUUGCCCCCUGCUCCAAUGAAUGUAAUUGAUAUCGAUCUUUCACCAUCAUCUUUUGAGGAACUUGCAUCCCUGGAGAAUUCAUCUUCAAACAAUCCGCCAUUGUCUCCUUCCAGAACGUCUGGCUUAGACCACCCUUAUAGUAAAUCCCCAAAGUACCUUUCAUUGAACAAUUCAGAUCAAGAGUGUGACCAAAAGCAGCCACCACUGUCCUCAACUAAAUCUUCCUCUUCAGACCUUCAUUAUGGAAAAGCGAAACGGCAAUUCUCUAAAACUACAAUUGAAACUGAUAAUCUUCCACCCUCGAACAACACCAAUCAAACCUGCGAACAAAAUCGGUCCAGUAAUAUUUCUUUGAAAAUUGAGGCAAUUGGUCGUGUUGACAACUCAUUUUUUGAUGCUGAAUGUUUACUAAACAUUUUCAAAACUUUCCCUGUGUCAGAAGCACUUCCAUCAAUUCCUCCUGGUUUAAAAAACAAUGUAUAUUUUAUCAUUAAAAAUACUGCAAACAUAGUAGGUGACAAAAAAUGUUCUUUUCCUGAUGAUUGUGGAACUUGGAGCAAAGGGAGUGCACCAAAAACUUAUUUCCUUCGACGAGAAUCUGGGGAAUACAGAAACAUUAUUUUAAGAAAUAAAAUGUUCCACUUAAAUACAAGAAGUAAAGGCAAAUCCAUUUACAUCUUAAUGGAACCGCAACCAGAUCCUUCAAAAAUUUUGACACUAUGUCGCUAUUACACAGCACUUAAAUUGGAUCCAACUUACAGAAGACGUAUUUCGUGGAUGAAUUCAAGCAGUGUUUUUGUAGUCGAAUAUUUGGGCAUGUUUCCUGGGCUGGCCCCUCAUGGAAAUUCCAAACGUAAACAGGCAUAUGUGCGUGCUCCUUAUGAUGUCAGUCAUGUCAUGGAAGAAAUGCCAGACUUCUUAGAAGACAUUUAAAAUAAUCAUGUCUGGUGACCAUUAUGAAUUGAAUAUGACCUUGUGGCAUUUGUAAUAUAGGAUGGGUUCAUGACAAAAAAGAAGACAUCUUGGAAUGAGUUUAGAUAUAUUAUUCAUGGUUGUUAUAUGUCCUAGUAUAAUUGUUAAAAAAGAAAAGGUGACAAUUGUCACUUCCAUACAAAGUUUGCGGUAUUAAAUGUGAUUUUAAUUCG